ACCGGCAACACUACUGUUUGGGCCUUGCGAGUGGUCGGCGAUGCUGAGGAGGACGCUGCCGAGGCUGUCCUCGGUGAAGGACCGCGUGGCCGGCGCGGCCAAGCACGCCGUAAAGGGCGACGAGCACUUUCCCUCCCUCCAUGGGCACCCGGCCGCGCGUGUCCACGCCCGAGAGGCCGCGGAGAAGCAGGCCGGCCUCGCCGCGGCAGAGGAAGAGAAGCAGCGCGGCGGCAAGGCCGACACGGUGAAGGAGUUCCAGAUUUACCGGUGGAACCCGGACUCGCCGGGCCGGCCGUUCCUGCAGUCCUAUUCCGUCGACCUCGCCACGUGCGGCCCGAUGGUGCUGGACGUGCUCCAGAAGAUCAAGUCGGACCACGACUCGACGCUGGCGUUCCGGCGGUCGUGCCGGGAAGGCAUCUGCGGCUCCUGCUCCAUGAACAUCGACGGGGUGAACACGGUGGCGUGCCUCAAGCCCGUGGACACGGACACGUCGACGGCGACGAUGAUCACGCCGCUUCCGCACAUGUUCGUGGUCAAGGACCUCGUCGUCGAUCUCACCAACUUCUAUCAGCAGUACAAGUCUGUCGAGCCGUGGCUGAAGACGAAGCAGCCGGCGGCCGAGGGGCGCGAGCACGUGCAGUCGCCGGGGGAGCGGCGGAAGCUGGACGGGCUUUACGAGUGCAUCCUGUGCGCGUGCUGCAGCACGGCAUGCCCGUCCUACUGGUGGAAUUCAGAGGAUUUCCUAGGCCCCGCCGCGCUGCUCCACGCCUACCGCUGGGUCUCUGACAGCCGCGACGAGUACGGGGAGGAGAGGAUCCAGGCGCUAUCGGAGGGGUGGGACAAGCUAUACAGGUGCAGGAUGAUCAAGAGCUGCACGGCGACGUGCCCCAAGAGCCUCGACCCGGCCGCGGCCAUCUCUGCUUUGAAGACCAUGCACCAGCUACGCAAGGCGUGAGUGACGCAGGGUGCACCAGCCAGAGCUGUGGUCUGAUGGCAACAUGUAGCGUUUGUUGAUGCGGAAAAUAAGAAGAAUGUAGUGUUCGAUUCUCUGUCUCUCUGAUUUUCUUUCCGGCUAUGUAUGUUUGUUAAGUACAGCUCACUCCCGGAUUGGCGUUGCUAUUUUUUCGCAAGCCUCGCCGCUAGCCCGCUAGCUGCUGAAGAUAGUGCCAGGUUGUGGAUUGCUUAGCAGUUGAGCGUGUAUAGCGCGAAUUAACUGUGCCGAGAAA